AUGGAGGAGCGCUAUUACGACUUACCUAGCAAUGAGGAGCGCUAUAACAAUGGAGGAGCUGCUACAUACUUCAAUAAUGCAAGCAUAUAUGGAGGGAGGCAGAAGAGAAGAGCUGAGUGCGCGCGUGAGGGAGGCAAAAGCAAAAACGUGAGUGCGUGCGUUUUUGGAGGUGAAAGCAAAAACAGAGCAACAAAGUCUGCUGUUAAGACUUGUGUAUUGUCAAAAAGAUGGAAGAAAGUAUGGACUCAAGUCUCUGUACUUGAUUUUACUGAGGUACCAGAAUAUUAUCACCCAUUAAGUUCUCCAUUGUGCAACGAGGCAAAAAUUUGUUACAAUAAUUUUGUGAGCAAGGUUUUAGUUGAGAACAAUACAUCCUAUUUACAACGUUUUCGUUACGAAUUCUCUUGUGAUGAUGAUAGUGACAACUACGAGUCAUGGUUGAAUGCUGCAAAGAAACGUGAAUAUUUUGAGCUUGAUUUGAAUUUAACUUCGGGUGGAUGUCAAAGUUAUAGGUUUCUAGAGUUGAUUUGUGAGGUUGACAUCAAAUUGCCCAUCUCUCCAAGAACUACUGGUUUGGAUGAGACAUUGAAUGUGGAGUCUUUGACAUUAAAGUCAUUAGAAAUACGUGAUACCGCGAAUCAAAGUAUAUAUGGACCUCCGAGUAUUAGCAUUAAAGCACCAAAUCUUGAGUACCUUAGUAUUGAAGAUGAAGUAACACAUUAUAUGGUUGAUAGUCUAGCUUUGCUCACUGAGGCAAAUCUUAAUCUUUCGGAUAAUUUUGCAGAUGUAGUUAAUGAAUUUAGAAGCAAUUAUGAUAUUUAUCAAGGUAUCAAUUAUCUUAUAAGCAAGGGUUCCAAAGUAAGUACUUUGAGGCUUAUAACUUCUGAGUCUCUAGUUAAUGGGAAAGAGCUACCAACUUUCGAGAACUUGACUCAUUUGGAGGUAAAGGCCGAUGAUUUUACUUGCGAGUUACUACAACGAGCUCCCAAGUUGAAAUCUUUGAUAUUCGAGAAAGUCGAAUGGAUUGAUGACUCUCUUAAUUAUUUAGCUGAAGAUGGUUGUGCGUCAGGCCUUGAACAUGUUACAGUCUCCUUGGACAAUGAAUGCCAAGUCGAUUUCGUCGCGUAUAUAUUAAAGGCUGCAACAACCUUGAAGGAGAUGACUAUCAAUUUGUGUUGUCCGAAUAUAUACGACUACGAGAGAGCUAUUCUUCAAGAGCUAUUGACUUUUCCAAGAUCCUCACCAUUCUGCAGAAUUGAAGUUGUCUUUCUAAGGGAAAUAAUGGAUACUCAAACAAGCUCAUCAAUCAAUUAG